AUGCCUACCGCACCUACUAUCACUAUAAUCAACCCUACGAUUGGCCCUGCUACUGGAUUCACUGCUGUUACUAUUAGUGGCUCUGGUUUCACAAACGCUACGGCAGUGACCUUCGGCUCAACUGCUGCCCUCGCAUUUACUGUGUUGUCCGAUACUCUGAUCAGUGCGGUUGUUCCGCCAGGCCCUGGCGGUGGUGGUAGUGUCUCUGUCGUUGUCGCUGGUCUCGGCGGUACCAGUGCUACGGGCGUGAACUACACCUAUCUACCUCCGCCUGUUGUCACCUCUGUGAACCCGUCCAGCGGCCCUGCUGCUGGUGGAUAUACUGUUGCCAUGAGUGGCUCUGGGUUCACAAACACACAGGUUGUGUUUUUCGGCGCAAGUACUGCCGCCUCAUUUACGGUGGUGUCCGACACGCAGAUCAGAGCGGUUGUUCCGCCAGGCCCUAGCGGUGGUGGUAGUGUCUCUGUCGUUGUCGCUGGUCUCGGCGGUACUAGUGCUACGGGCGUGAACUACACCUAUCUACCUGCGCCUGUUGUCACCUCUGUGAACCCGUCCAGCGGCCCUGCUGCUGGUGGAAAUACUGUUACCAUGAGUGGCUCUGGGUUCACUAACACACAGGUUGUGUUUUUCGGCGCAAGUACUGCCGCCUCAUUUACGGUGGUGUCCGACACGCAGAUCAGAGCGGUUGUUCCGCCAGGCCCUAGCGGUGGUGGUAGUGUCUCUGUCGUUGUCGCUGGUCUCGGCGGUACUAGUGCUACGGGCGUGAACUACACCUAUCUACCUGCGCCUGUUGUCACCUCUGUGAACCCGUCCAGCGGCCCUGCUGCUGGUGGAAAUACUGUUACCAUGAGUGGCUCUGGGUUCACUAACACACAGGUUGUGUUUUUCGGCGCAAGUACUGCCGCCUCAUUUACGGUGGUGUCCGACACGCAGAUCAGAGCGGUUGUUCCGCCAGGCCCUGGCGGUGGUGGUAGUGUCUCUGUCGUUGUCGCUGGUCUCGGCGGUACCAGUGCUACGGGCGUGAACUACACCUAUCUACCUCCGCCUGUUGUCACCUCUGUGACCCCGUCCAGCGGCCCUGCCGCUGGAGGGAACGUUGUUACCAUUAGUGGCUCUGGGUUCACUAACACACAGGUUGUGUUUUUCGGCGCAAGUACUGCCGCCUCAUUUACUGUGUUGUCCGAUACUCUGAUCAGUGCGGUUGUUCCGCCAGGCCCUGGCGGUGGUGGUAGUGUCUCUGUCGUUGUCGCUGGUCUCGGCGGUACUAGUGCCGCUGGCGUGAACUACACCUAUAUACCUGCACCUGUUGUCACCUCUGUGACCCCGUCCAGCGGCCCUGCCGCUGGAGGGAACGUUGUUACUAUCAGUGGCUCUGGUUUCACCAACACCACAACAGUGGCCUUCGGCUUAACUGCUGCUACCUCAUUUACGGUGACCUCCGACAGUGAGAUAACUGCAGUGGUUCCCACCGGCCCACCCGGCGGCGGUGCUGUCGAUGUCCUUGUUACCGCUCUCGGCGGUACUAGUGCCGCUGGCGUGAACUACACCUAUAUACCUGCACCUGUCGUUACCUCUGUGAACCCUACGAUUGGCCCUGCUACUGGAUUCACUGCUGUUACUAUUAGUGGCUCUGGUUUCACGAACGCUACGGCAGUGACCUUCGGCUCAACUGCUGCCCUCGCAUUUACUGUGUUGUCCGAUACUCUGAUCAGUGCGGUUGUUCCGCCAGGCCCUGGCGGUGGCGGUAGUGUCUCUGUCGUUGUCACUGGUCUCGGCGGUACCAGUGCUACGGGCGUGAACUACACCUAUCUACCUCCGCCUGUUGUCACCUCUGUGAACCCGUCCAGCGGCCCUGCUGCUGGAGGAAAUGUUGUUACCAUUAGUGGCUCUGGGUUCACUAACACACAGGUUGUGUUUUUCGGCGCAAGUACUGCCGCCUUAUUUACGGUGGUGUCCGACUCGCAGAUCAGUGCGGUUGUUCCGCCAGGCCCUGGCGGUGGUGGUAGUGUCUCUGUCGUUGUCGCUGGUCUCGGCGGUACUAGUGCCGCUGGCGUGAACUACACCUAUAUACCUGCACCUGUCGUUACCUCUGUGAACCCUACGAUUGGCCCUGCUACUGGAUUCACUGCUAUUACUAUUAGUGGCUCUGGUUUCACGAACGCUACGGCAGUGACCUUCGGCUCAACUGCUGCCCUCGCAUUUACUGUGUUGUCCGAUACUCUGAUCAGUGCGGUUGUUCCGCCAGGCCCUGGCGGUGGCGGUAGUGUCUCUGUCGUUGUCGCUGGUCUCGGCGGUACCAGUGCUACGGGCGUGAACUACACCUAUCUACCUCCGCCUGUUGUCACCUCUGUGAACCCGUCCAGCGGCCCUGCUGCUGGAGGAAAUGUUGUUACCAUUAGUGGCUCUGGGUUCACUAACACACAGGUUGUGUUUUUCGGCGCAAGUACUGCCGCCUUAUUUACGGUGGUGUCCGACUCGCAGAUCAGUGCGGUUGUUCCGCCAGGCCCUGGCGGUGGUGGUAGUGUCUCUGUCGUUGUCGCUGGUCUCGGCGGUACUAGUGCCGCUGGCGUGAACUACACCUAUAUACCUGCACCUGUCGUUACCUCUGUGAACCCUACGAUUGGCCCUGCUACUGGAUUCACUGCUAUUACUAUUAGUGGCUCUGGUUUCACGAACGCUACGGCAGUGACCUUCGGCUCAACUGCUGCCCUCGCAUUUACUGUGUUGUCCGAUACUCUGAUCAGUGCGGUUGUUCCGCCAGGCCCUGGCGGUGGCGGUAGUGUCUCUGUCGUUGUCGCUGGUCUCGGCGGUACCAGUGCUACGGGCGUGAACUACACCUAUCUACCUCCGCCUGUUGUCACCUCUGUGAACCCGUCCAGCGGCCCUGCUGCUGGAGGAAAUGUUGUUACCAUUAGUGGCUCUGGGUUCACUAACACACAGGUUGUGUUUUUCGGCGCAAGUACUGCCGCCUCAUUUACGGUGGUGUCCGACUCGCAGAUCAGUGCGGUUGUUCCGCCAGGCCCUGGCGGUGGUGGUAGUGUCUCUGUCGUUGUCGCUGGUCUCGGCGGUACUAGUGCCGCUGGCGUGAACUAUACCUAUAUACCUGCACCUGUUGUCACCUCUGUGACCCCGUCCAGCGGCCCUGCCGCUGGAGGGAACGUUGUUACUAUCAGUGGCUCUGGUUUCACCAACACCACAACAGUGGCCUUCGGCUUAACUGCUGCUACCUCAUUUACGGUGACCUCCGACAGUGAGAUAACUGCAGUGGUUCCCACCGGCCCACCCGGCGGCGGUGCUGUCGAUGUCCUUGUUACCGCUCUCGGCGGUACUAGUGCCGCUGGCGUGAACUACACCUACGUGUGA